AUGGCUACACCUAGUUUUCUCACUCCUGGCCUUCGAUCUAUGGCACCACCAUAUCCUCAUCCCCAGAUAUCGCGCGAUAUCCACAGAUACACCCCGGCACCGAUAGGCUUCUCAUCUUCCCCGGUUCAUGUCUUAAUUCGAAAUCUGCCGCUAGAAACCUCCAGGGAGUCGGUGCGGUUCAUGCUGGUUUGGUCGCAAGAUCUUGUUGAUGUCGAACUCCUUCCUGUGGAAUCUGCAGACCAGCGCUAUCUUACAGCAUUGCUCAAAUUCCGAACAAGGGCAGGCGCUGAGGAUGCCAAAAAGCUGCUGGAUGGAUGCGCGAACACUUCCAAUAGUGCGCUUUUGAGAGUCGAAAUUCUCGGCGACGAGCCCCCUGUCUCGCAUCAACAGCCUACAGAACCUGUUCACAGCGGGGUCUUUCAAUCACUGGAGAGCAUCUCCCCUCAAACAACCAAUGUUUACCCUGGGCACGACCUUCCUCAGAGUGAGGACAACUUGCAGAAGAUUUUCUCCUCACAAUCUCCCAUCGGCAAUCACCUGACCGAGCCUGGCAGGGUGACAGGCAAGAGCCUUAUCGCCAAUGAUUCUUUUGACGAUAAUUAUGACACCCUCAACCUAGUUGAAGACGCACUUUCCUACGGCAAUGCACCGCGCAGGGCCACAGUUCCUAGUGUUCCUAUCAACGGGAUGGCUGCUCUUUCACUCAACACCAAUAUGCCACCUUCUGCUCCUUCAUCUCUACCUCAAUACGGAAGCGGAAUGUCAGCACAGUCUGGCCCUAUGUCUCCGUCGGGCAAGGGUCCUUUUGGGUACCAGGCUCCAAACCAAUCACCAUUCGGACGUAUGAACUAUCCACACGCCAAUACGGCUGAUCAGAACCCCCCUUGCAACACUCUGUAUGUUGGUAAUCUUCCCAUGGACACGGCGGAAGAGGAACUCAAGACUCUCUUCUCCAAGCAGCGGGGCUACAAACGUCUUUGUUUUCGCACGAAAGGAAAUGGGCCUAUGUGCUUUGUCGAAUUCGAAGACAUCCCAUUCGCUUCCAAGGCACUGACAGAACUCUAUGGGAAACUUUUGUCCAACAGCAAUAAGGGUGGAAUUCGACUCAGCUUCUCGAAGAACCCCCUUGCUAACCGCCCAGCUCCUGGACCACCUCCUGGUCUUCCCCAGCCAAUGCUCGGAAACGGCCGAGGCCCCUUCCAUGGAGGGGCCCCGAUGAACUCCAGCCCCGCUGGCACUUUUGGUGGUUUCACACAUCAAGCCUGGCCUGUUCCUGUGUUCAACAACCAUGCUACGCCAUCGCCUCACAGUGCCCAUGCUCAAUCAUCAAGCUUUAGUCCAACUCAUAUGCUGGGAAAUUAA